AUGGAGACUCCAAAAUUAGCUAGAUUACCCAGCAUGAGAGAGAGGUUGGAGGAUACACUCUCUGCUCACCGAAACGAGCUGGUCUCUCUCCUUUCCAGAUAUGUCUCCCAGGGGAAGGGUAUACUGCAGCCACAUCAUCUGAUCGAUGAGCUGGACAACAUUGUUUGUGAUGAUGCUAGAAAGAAGAAACUCAGUGAUGGACCCUUCGGCGAAAUUUUAAAGUCUGCUCAGGAAGCCAUAAUUCUGCCACCUUUUGUCGCUAUAGCUGUCCGACCGAGGCCUGGUGUUUGGGAAUUUGUACAUGUCAAUGUACAUGAACUCAGCAUCGACCAAUUGACAGUUUCUGAAUAUUUACGAUUCAAGGAAGAACUCGUGGAUGGACAAAACGAUGUCCCCUAUGUUCUUGAACUGGAUCUUGAGCCAUUCAAUGCAACAUUUCCUCACCUGACUCAAUCCUCGUCCAUUGGCAAUGGUGUCCAGUUCCUCAACCGUCAUCUUUCUUCAAUCAUGUUUCGCAAUAAGGAAUCUUUGGAACCUUUACUUGAUUUCCUUCGAGCACACAAGCAUAAAGGGCAUAUGUUGAUGUUGAAUGAUCGGAUACAACGCAUAUCGAGGCUUGAGUCUGCUUUGAUCAAGGCAGAGGACUAUCUCUCUAAGCUACCACCAGAUACCCCCUAUUCUGAAUUUGAAUAUACGUUGCAAGGGAUGGGUUUCGAGAGAGGUUGGGGAGAUACGGCUGCAAGGGUUUUGGAGAUGAUGCAUCUCCUCUCUGACAUCCUCCAAGCUCCUGACCCUUCCACUUUAGAAACAUUUCUUGGCAGAGUACCCAUGGUGUUUAAUGUUGUCAUUUUGUCGGUUCAUGGAUAUUUUGGCCAAGCAAAUGUCUUGGGCUUGCCUGAUACUGGUGGUCAGAUUGUAUACAUUCUAGAUCAAGUGCGUGCCUUGGAGAAUGAGAUGAUCAUGAGAAUCAAGCAGCAAGGAUUGAAAAUCACUCCUAGAAUUCUUGUUGUUACUCGAUUAAUACCUGAUGCAAAAGGCACCUCAUGCAACCAGCGGUUGGAAAGAGUUAGUGGGUGUGAAUAUACACAUAUUCUGCGCAUUCCUUUUAGAACUGAGCAUGGAAUUCUCCGCAAAUGGAUUUCAAGGUUUGAUGUAUGGCCUUACUUGGAAAAAUUUGCUGAGGAUUCUGCAAAUGAAAUUUCGGCAGAGCUGCAGGGGGCCCCAGACCUAAUUAUAGGCAAUUACAGUGACGGGAAUCUUGUUGCAUCCCUUUUAGCUUAUAAGACGGGAGUCACACAGUGCACUAUUGCGCAUGCCUUGGAGAAAACAAAGUAUCCAGAUUCUGACAUAUAUUGGAAAAAAUUUGAGGACAAAUACCAUUUCGCUUGUCAAUUCACUGCCGAUCUACUAGCCAUGAAUAAUUCAGAUUUUAUAAUCACAAGUACAUACCAGGAAAUUGCAGGAACGAAAAAUACUGUUGGUCAGUAUGAAAGUCAUACGGCUUUCACUCUGCCAGGCCUAUACCGCGUUGUUCAUGGCAUCGAUGUGUUUGAUCCCAAGUUUAAUAUAGUUUCUCCAGGAGCAGAUGACUGCAUUUAUUUUCCAUAUUCUGACAAGGAGAGAAGACUUACUUCUCUUCAUGGUACAAUUGAAAAGUUGCUAUAUGAUCCCGAGCAGAAUGAUGAGCACAUUGGUAUAUUGAAAGAUCAGUCGAAACCCAUAAUUUUCUCCAUGGCAAGGCUCGACCGGGUUAAAAACAUUACGGGAUUGGUGGAGUCUUAUGCUAAAAAUCCCAAGCUCAGAGAAUUGGCGAACUUGGCUGUGGUGGCAGGUUCCAUUGAUGUAAAAAAAUCAAAUGAUAGAGAAGAAAUUGCAGAAAUUGAGAAAAUGCAUUCUCUAAUUAAGCAAUACAAUCUAGGCGGCCAGAUAAGAUGGAUAGCAGCCCAAACAAAUCGAGCGCGUAAUGGUGAACUGUAUCGCUACAUAGCCGACAAGAGAGGGAUUUUUGUUCAGCCUGCCUUUUAUGAAGCUUUUGGACUUACGGUGGUUGAGGCCAUGGCCUGUGGCCUUCCAACAUUUGCAACUUGCCAUGGUGGUCCUUUGGAAAUAAUUGAAGAUGGCAUUUCCGGUUUUAACAUUGAUCCAUAUCAUCCUGAUAAGGCUGCUGAACUAAUGGCGGAUUUCUUUCAAAAAUGCAAUGAAGAUCCAAGCUAUUGGAUUAAGAUUUCUGAAGGAUCUCUUCGAAGAAUUCAUGAGAGGUAUACAUGGAGAAUUUACUCCGAGAGGCUGAUGACAUUGGCUGGAGUCUAUGGCUUUUGGAAAUAUGUAUCAAAACUCGAGCGCAGUGAAACUCGACGUUAUCUUGAGAUGUUCUACAUUCUCAAGUUUCGUGAAUUGGUAAAAUCUGUUCCUUUGGCAGUUGAUGAUCCACAGUAG